AGACUUCAACAACCAAACAAACAGGGCCCUAUAUAAAUUAAACAAUUCACGCCAUUUCUCUUCCUCCUUCCUCCGCUGCAACCCUUAGACAACGACCUCCGCCGCCGGCUAAAUCUCCACAUCCCCGCCACCGCCGGAUUCUAUUGUAUACGUACAAAUGGAGGUUCUUCAUUUUACCGCUUUAAAGUCGUUGAAUUCCUGCCUUCGUCCGGACUUAACGGCUAAAAGCUCCCCCAUUGUUCCUACUAAUGCCGUGAAAACGAGAAAAAGCAAAAGGAACGCAUUUAUCCGUGCUAAGGCGGUGGAGAUCUUGUCAUCUCCAGUUACGGCAGCGGAGCCGUUACAGGCAUCACCGUCACAGGAUUCACCUUCGGUUCCGUUGCUACGAGUUUCGCCGAGCUCGUUGCAGUGCGAACCGGGAUACUUAAUACCGAAUAGUCCGGUUUUAGGUACCGGUGGUAAGAUUGGUUACGAGUAUUUGACAAAUAUCUUGUCGUCGAAAGUGUAUGACGUGGCUUAUGAGACUCCUUUGCAGAACGCGCCUAAGCUGUCAGAGAGAUUGGGAGUUAAUGUGUGGCUCAAAAGAGAGGAUCUUCAGCCUGUCUUCUCGUUCAAGCUCAGAGGAGCUUACAAUAUGAUGGCAAAACUUUCUAAGGAGCAGUUGGAAAGAGGGGUUAUAUGCUCAUCAGCUGGAAAUCAUGCACAAGGUGUUGCAUUAGCCGCUCAGAGACUUGGCUGCAAUGCUGUGAUUGCCAUGCCUGUUACUACACCAGACAUUAAAUGGAAAUCAGUUAAGAGAUUGGGUGCUACUGUUGUUCUAGUGGGAGACGCAUAUGAUGAAGCUCAAGCAUACGCAAAAGCGCGGGCCGAAGCUGAAGGCCGUACAUUCAUCCCUCCUUUUGAUCACCCUGAUGUCAUCAUAGGACAAGGUACAGUUGGAAUGGAGAUAAAUCGACAGCUUAAAGAAAACAUUCAUGCAGUCUUUGUGCCUGUUGGUGGAGGGGGUCUUAUAGCUGGUAUUGCUGCCUAUUUGAAAAGGGUUGCCCCUGAUAUAAAGAUUAUUGGAGUUGAGCCACUUGAUGCAAAUGCAAUGGCAUUAUCAUUACAGCAUGGUCAAAGAGUAAUGCUGGACCAAGUUGGGGGUUUCGCAGAUGGUGUAGCUGUUAAAGUGGUCGGUGAAGAAACUUAUCGUCUCUGCAAGGAAUUAAUAGAUGGCGUGGUCCUUGUUGGUCGUGAUGCUAUAUGUGCAUCUAUAAAGGACAUGUUUGAAGAGAAAAGAAGCAUACUAGAGCCUGCAGGUGCACUUGCUCUUGCUGGAGCUGAGGCAUACUGCAAGUACUAUGGCCUCAAGGGUGAAAACGUAGUAGCAAUAACUAGUGGAGCCAACAUGAACUUUGACAGACUUAGAUUGGUAACUGAACUCGCAGAUGUUGGUAGACAACGGGAAGCUGUUCUUGCUACUUUUAUGCCAGAAGAGCCAGGUAGCUUCAAGAAGUUCUCUGAAAUGGUAGGGCCAAUGAAUAUCACUGAAUUCAAGUACAGAUACAAUUCUGGGAAAGAAAAAGCUCUUGUACUUUACAGUGUUGGUCUUCACACAAAAUUAGAACUUGAAGAAAUGGUGAAGAGGAUGAAAUCUGCAGAACUGCAAACCGUUAAUCUUACGGAUAAUGACUUGGUCAAAGAUCAUCUAAGGCAUUUGAUGGGUGGCAGAACAAAUGUUCAAAAUGAGCUUCUGUGUCGAUUCACUUUUCCCGAGAAGCCCGGUGCUUUGAUGAAGUUUUUAAAUGCUUUCAGCCCACGUUGGAAUAUAAGUUUGUUUCAUUACCGUGCACAGGGAGACACUGGUGCAAAUGUGCUAGUUGGCAUCCAAGUUCCGCAGGCUGAGGUCGAUGAGUUCCAGGGACGGGCUGACAGUCUUGGGUAUGAAUAUGCAAUGGAGAGUCUCAAUGAGGCUUUCCAGCUCAUAAUGCACUGAAAAAGCUGCAGCUCAUAAUGCAAAGAAAAUAACAUGUGGAACUUGCCGACCUCACUUUCUCCCGGUUAGAUCAUUCUGAAUUCUCGUUGUUAGCGGAAGAUGCUUGGUUCAUAGAUCCAGUGUGCUAGAUGAUUUUGGGCUAGUCCUUAUCUUUUCUAUAAGUAGCUAUUUGUAUCAUUGUAUGUUAUCUUAAGGCCUUCAUUUCCAUGAACAAGCAAUUCACUUUCAAGAUAAUUUUAGGAGUUCUCUUCUAUUUCAACUUUGGCCUUCUUAGUCCCAGCUUCAUCAUGUGUUUGGACUAAAUUAAUUUUGUUUCAUGUU